UUACAAUCACCAAAAAUAUAAAUUAUCCUAUUGAAUUUAGAUGACACAAUUAAAUUAUAGGAAGUUAAUUAGUUGCUUGAUUAAGGUGCUAGUAUAACUUAAUCAGGGUUGAAGAAAAAGUUUACAAUGUUAAUUUAUUUUACUAUUUUAAAGUGAAUUGUGAUUCUGAAGGUUAAUUGUGAUUAGCUGAUGAAUCUGGAUGAUUUUUACUACCGGAUGUAUUUAAAUCUACAAUUAGUUAAUUAUUAUGAUAAGUUCCUUGUCAUUGUUUCAUCAAACUAUCAAUUUACAAGUAAAUCUCAAUGAAUUAAAUCAACAGCAAUUAACUGGAAAUCAGUGAAAAGGGAGGAAAAAGUUUCAUUGAACAAACCAGUUGAGUGAGAAAGGAAAGAGUAUUUAAAUUAUAUUGUUACGCUGAUUGUUAGUUGAUUGUUGUAAGGAAGAUGAUGAUAAAGAAAGAGAGUGGAAGACAAGGAGAAAGAGAGAGAGAGAGAUUGGGAGAAAGGAUGGAAAUGAGAAGAGGGAGGAGAGAGAGAAAAAAAGUUCGAGUGAGCAAAAGUUCUGGUUGAUGAACAUCUUUUCAUACUCGAAGUGCGAACGUUUUUUUCCACCAACCUGAGAUUUCAAACACUCUCCAGGUAGAAAGUAAUCAACGUCGUUUGUAUCAACUUGAGUUAAUCAUCUUAAUCAUCUUUGGAUUAAUUUAUAAUCUGUUGCAUCAGUUGGAUGAUUGACAAUUUAUCCCAAUUCAGUUAACCAAGACAAAUCAAACUUUCUCAUUUACUAAAUUGUUUUUUUUUUCUCCUCUGACUUCAACGUGAUUUAUUUCAUCAGUUUUGACCAUUGGUCACCUUUCAAUCCACUAUUAUAUGGACUUAAUUUGAUCUUCUUUUUAAACGGAAUAGUUUUCAAAGUUAUCGUUAAUUGUUGUUAAUGUGUAAUUGAUACUUUCCCUUGAACAUUGAUUUUAUAUUUUCUAAGCAAUUACCAAUGAUCGGAGGAUAAUUAACUUUGCAAAUCCAUAUUUGGAGUUGAACAAUUUAAUUGCUCAUCGUGAUUAACUGCAAUCUCAUAACAUGAGAUUGCUCUGGUUUCAUUAUAUUUUUAGCCAAUUGUACAUAUUGACGUUACUUUUGAUUGUCUCAUCGAGAGCGACAACAAUUAAAGACAAUUUACCGUCAUCAUCAUCACAAUUUGUUGAUUUGUUUUACAGUGAUUCUAAUGAUAGGAACAUUCGUUAUCCUGUUAAUCAACCAGGAACAAAUGAUCAACAGGUAAUUUAUAUUAACCAUGGAAAUGGUGCCAUAAGUUCAAUUCGUCGAAGCUCCAAUCAAAAGUUACCCUUUUCUCCUCAUGUAACAAGUUAUCCAAGUUCAGUUUUCGAUAAUAAUAAUCAACCAAAUCAUCGGGAAAACGAUAAUUUUAAAGUUGAACCAAUACCUUUAAUCGAAAAUUAUCCUGAAGUAAAUGAAGAAAAUCCAACAAUUAACCCAAAGAGAGAUGAAAUUGAUCAUCGAAAUACUCUCACACCUCAACCAAAUCGACGUCCAUCCCGACGGUCAGCGGCAACAACACCAGCUAAUGAACCUAGUCGACUAAUUUAUGAACCACAACCGUCAAGUCUUUCACCACCCCCAAUACCCUCACCAUCACCUCCACCAACAGUGUCAAGUUUAAAACCUCAACCACCAUCGAAUCUUUCACCCUCCAUCCCUCUUCCACCUCGGACAUCAGUUCGUGGUGGAUUUCCAGCCGCUGAUCCAUUUUCACCUUUCAACUUGGACAGUUUUUUCACUCGUGAUCCCUCAUUUGACAUUGAACGUAAUGUCAUUGGAAAUCAAGAUAAUCCUCAACCACCUUCUCGUCCUCGACCAUCACCAUUGACAAACCAUCGCGCUCGAUUCACGAACAAUGAAUCAAAUCAACCACCACCUCCUCCUCCACCUCCUCCACCUUCAGCAAUUGUCGACAAUGAUGCGAAUCGUUUGGAUAAACCGGAAGAUGAACGGACAACCGCUGAACCACGAAUUCGUAAGCAAGCUCCAAACACUGGUUCGCCUCCACCACCAAGUGCAUAUAGUGGACGUCCUUCAAUCCCACCAGCACCAGUGACAACACCUUCUCCCAUAUUAGGACCGAUUGGAGGAACAACAGGUCGAUUUCAAGGACCAACUUUCGGUCCAACGUUAGGAGGUGAAGAUGGAAAUAGUUUUCUCCCUUCUUAUGGUCCAGGAUUCGGUUUACCGGGUGGUCAAGAUAUAUUUCCCUUCUUUGAGACACCUUUUCUACCCAUAAGUCCAACAUCCUCCUCGAACGAGGGUUUCCAACGUCGACGACUAGCAAACAACAAUUAUCACAAUCAAAAUAAUCUCGGUGCUUAUGGUAAUCCAAGGCAUCAUCCAUCAUCAUCAUCUCCCCCACCACCCCCUGCAUCAUCAUUGAACAAUGUAAAUGAAAAUUCAAUAGGCAAUGGAGCGGGUUAUCCUUCAUAUACAAUUUACAAGGGUGGAGACGAUGACGACGCUGGAGUUAAGUGGCCUAAGAUAUUCAAGUUUACCGAUGGACGUGUUAAUCUAAGUGAAUUUGAGAGAAACAAGAAAUCGGGUAAAAUUAAAUUCAACAAUAAAGAAGACGCUUAUUUUGAUGAUAUAAGAAGAGAUUCAUUUCUCAUCCUCCAUGGUGGAACCUACAAUUAAUCACAACAACAACAAUUAAAGGGAACCAUUUAAAUCAGUGGACAUCAGAAUAUCAGGACAAUUAUGUUUUCUCCGUUGAUUGGAACUUUUUUUUUCUUGUUGAUGUUUAAUAUUCACUGAACUCAUUCUGACUUGAAACUUGGUGACUAAAUUACAGAGAUUAAGAGGAUGAAUUACAAUUAAUCUAAUUGUUCACAUCUUCACAUAAUAUUAUUGUUUCCAUGUUUAUGGAAACGGAAAUGAAAUCGGUGUACAGAUAAUCAAUGUUCAAGUUUCCUUGAAAUUCAAUCAUCAUCGUCAUCAUGUUUAUCGUUUUUCCUCAUUUUUUCAUCCAUCGAUUGUUAUAUUACCGUGACAAUUAGUGGAUAAAACAAUUCUCUCCAUAAGUAAUCAGAUAAAUUGUGUUUUUCUUGUGGUCAUUUAAGGUCAUAAUCUGAUUCACUUCUGAUUACACUUUCAACUUUCACCUUAGGUUUAUCUUCAUCUUCAUCAUCAGCUGAUCUCUUGAUACUCGAAGGUUCAUCCGGUUG